UUUUGUUAUGUGGUCCGGGCAAGUUGCAAACUAACCCCACGGGGUUGUAUCUUUUUUAGGCUGAAGGCCUUUUCAAAAAAAUUAAUAAUAUGUGUAAAUAUUUUCUGAUUACAAAUAGCACGUAACUUGAAUUGAAACAACGAGUUAUACCUUCCAGCUAUUGUUAUGUUAGUGCUCCUAUUAUAUUAGGAUGCCACUUUUAUCAUAUGAGUACGGGUUAGACUGGAUAUCAGGAUAUCCAGUUACAUACAAUUAAUAUUAGAAGUUCUAACUAGCUGUAUUGUAACAUUUAUGUUUCAGAACCUUUACUCAUCAUAUGUUUCAGAACUUUAAUGUUUCAUACAUUUUUUUUUGCUUUUUUUAAAUACCUGUGCAAACGAUUUUGCGAAAGGUUUAUGUUCACACCAUUUGAUUUUCUAUCAACUUUUAACAAAACAUUUUAUUGAUACAAAGAAGAGCCCCACUUGUAGAAAUAGUUAGAGAAGUUCCAAGGUGACUUGUUGAUAGUGCCGGCCUCUUUGAACUGAAUUAUUAAAAUAAUUUUUCUUGAAUUAUUAAAUACUAAUAUGCAUUCGUUUUCUCGUAUGCCAAAUAUUUAUGUAUAUAUUCCUCCGUUCUACAAAAUGACGUUUUAAUAGUUUCAUACAUAUUAAAAAAACAUUAAAUUAUCAUAAUAAAUAUAUCGUUUUCUGUAAUUUUUAAUUUUUAAUAACUUUUAACCAAUGGUAAUUCAAUAAAGUCAAUUAAUUUUUUUGAAAUUUAUAAAAAAUUUUGUAAAAAACACAAAAAAUACAUUUUUGUGAAACACACAUUUUUGUUAAAAAAUCUAUUUUAAUGAAACAGCGGGGAGUAUAUAUUAGUAUUUAUAUGAAGGUGAUCAUAAUAUUAGCCAUUGCCAUGGGUAAUGACGACGGCAUGAACAUAACCUAAAUAAACCUUUUCUUUUUUGUAAAAGGGCUUUAACUUAAAUAAACUUUAACAGCUAUUUCCUCUGUUUUUUAAUAUAAGUCGUUUUAAAGCUAUGCACAUAGAUUAAGAGAAUCAUUAAUUUUUUAUAUUUUCGAAACAAAAACAUCAUUAAUUAUUUACCUAACCACAAUUCAACCAAUAGAGAAAUAGAAGAUAUAUUAUCAUUGGUAAGACAACAUUAAUUAUUAAUAAAUAUUACAUAGAAAACCGAAAACGACAUAUAAUUUGGAACAAAAAAGUUUCUCUAAAGUGACUUACAUUGAAAAACGGAGGGAGUACUAUAUAUAACAAUUUAGUAAAUAAAGUUUUUCUCUAUCUUUUCGGCAAACACUACUAUAUCUAAACUAAUAUUAAAACCAUUUCAUUCAAAUAUAGAGACCUAACAAGUAACAACCAUGCAUAUAUAAAAGUCACUGUAUAAUGAAAAGAGUGAUCCUAAUUAACUGAAUUAAUCAGUUUAUUAAAACAAGGUUUAGUGGAGGCCAUCUAGUUCAUGUCUCCAAACGGCCAAACAUAUCCAAGACAGAAGACCAUUAAGCCACUAAGUAACCCAUUUCGCUCUUUCCUUCCCUCCAAAUUUCCCAUUUUCGAUAAUAUUUGCAUACUAUUCAAUAUUUUGUCUUCGUUCAUCUUACAUUUAGUUUGAUGUUUAAGGCGUAAACAUUUCCGUGAAAGUAUUUUAUUCAAUCAUUGAUUAAAUGAUAGUAAGUUUUUCUUUUUUGAAACACGAUUAAAUGAUAAGUCUAAGAGCAUUUCCAAUGUAAAACUCCAUUUUUUUCUUUCAAAAUAGAGUAAAAGUAAAAAUUAAGUAAAAUUAUUCUAAUCUUACUCUAUUUCUCAUUGCAUAAUGGAAUGAUGAACAAACAAAAUAUAGAUUACUACAUUUAUAUAGUAAAUUUUAUUAUGGAGUGAGAUAUGAAGUUGAGUUGUAACAUUCCUUACUCCAUAUUCACUUUUACUCAAUUUUAGAAAAAAAAAUAAAGUAAGGAUGUAAAUGCUCUAAUGGCUCAUGUUGGUUGACAUUGGAAAGCGUAAGACACUUAGGGGUGUGACUUUAAAAUAAUCGGAGUUUCUGAACCAAACAGAACCAAGAUUUUCCGUUUUUAGUCUUUUUUUUUGUGAAAACUACGAUUUUGAUUAAAUUAAGUAUGGUUUAGUGAGUACAAGGCUUGUUUGUUUGAAAUUAAAUUUAUUUAUUUUAUUUAAUAAUAUCAUAAAUUUAUUUUAUAUCCAGAAAAUAAAAUUUUAGUUUCUAAAAUAAAUUUACAAUAAAAAUAUUUGUUUAAUAAUAUUUCACAUUUAAAAUAUAAUAUAAUUUAUAUUAAAUGUAAAAUAUUAUUUUUAAAAAUAGAUAUUUGAAUUGUAAAUUUUAUUUUUUAAAUAAUAUUUUUGAUAUAAACAUAAUUUUGAAAUUAUUAAAUAAAAUAAAUUAAUUUUAAUUUUAUAUAUUAUUACAUUUAUAUAUUAUUAGCAUUAAGAAUAUGAUCACAUUAAAUAGCCGGCUUUGUGCUGAAUCAAAGUAUACAUUUUUAAUGCCCGGCUACACUUGGGGAGAACGAUUGUUGUCGUUUUCGUAUACUGCAACAAAAAUAUAUUUGGAGAGUACAAUACAUGUAAGUAAAUGGACUAUUCCUGAAAUUAAGGCUAAUACUUGGGCUUACAUCUGUGUUUGAAAGCAAUAUGAUAUGUUCGAAAAAGUUAGUGGAACUUGGUUUAGUUUGGAUAGUACGAACUACUAAGCUUUAUUUAUUUUUGUUACUUAGUUCGUGCCUUUGUGCCCGUGAUUAACCAUGCUCUUUUGCAUCAGGGAUUCUUAUGAAAAUCCUGAAAUUUCCUAAGACAGAACUUAUAGUAACACUGAUACACGUCACUAGAUGAGUUAUCAAAAAUUGAGUCUACGAAUACGCGUUGAGAAAUUCUUUCUUGCUUUUCUUUUAUUUAGUAUAGCGAAAAUCAAAAGACACGAAAGACUGAGAAAAACAAAUCAUAGUCUGAAAAAAAUAACAAAAUCAAGAACAACGGCUUAAACUCUCAACAUUAAAAACAAGUUUAUCAGAAAUUUCACCCCAAAAAAAAAACUAAAUGUUAAAUUAAUAUCUCAACCAUAAACAUGUGUUUCAUCAUACAAAUCAUAUUUCUUUUAUUACGUCAAAAAUCUCGCCCUAAAAAGUAAGCCAUCGAAGUUAUUAAAAAAGAGACAUUGCGUGUUUUUACAUAGCACUAGUACAUGCCGCAUGCCCAUAUCGAGUUACCAUCAUGUUCAUAAAUUCACACAAUCAGACGGAACAAGUAUGGCAAUAUAGAUCUCCCACCUUUGUGUUUCUUUAAUAUCAGACCUCAUUUGUUUAUGAUAAAAUCCUCUUUUCUGUUUUAUAACCAGUCAAACCAUACAUUUACACACACAUAUAUUCGUAUAUAUAUAUUCUGUUUUCCGUCAUGUUUGAAUUGUACAUCGACUUGCAAGUUUCGAGUUUUAAUUUAAUGUUUUUGUUUAUACAUAGUGGGAAGAUUACACCGUUAGAAAAUAUUUUAGCAAAAAAAAAAAAAGAUUACACCGUAGUUAUUUAGGCCAUUUUUAUUAGGCAUUUAGGUUAUGCUAACAGUCAAUCACGAGAAUUUAGAUUGAUACAAGCGGACAUAAAUAUUAUUUGGUGUCUGUAAGACUGUAACGUUACUUGAAUCAGCCAAUACGAAUAGUUUCAAAUGCAUGUAACCAUUGUGUCCGCCUUAUGGAUCUUUAGAGUUGGCAGGUAUUGUUAAAAGUAACCAAACUUUGAAUUUUAGUAAGAAAUAAGUUCCCGAAUAGGCAGAAAACUUUUCAUCAGUGACAGUAACUUUGAUCCAUUACCCAUAAAAGUACUUGAUUUUUUUUGUAACUUAAAAGUACUUAUAUUUAUGCAAUGUUGUUUUUCACAUUUGCCAUUAUCAUUUUAUUACCGCUUUGAAGUUACAUCACUUUUAUUUUUUUUUACUUUUACACUAAAUUUAAGUUAUCAACCAUAAUAUUUUUAUCUUGUAAUAUCCAGAUUUUGGAAUAACUGGCUAAUACUAAAUUUUAAAUUUGACUAAUUCUAGUAGGAAAUAAUAAUAUGAAUAAGUUUACAAAAUAAGAAUAAUAAUAUGAAUAUCAUAGACAUAUGAAAAUAUUACAAAUGAUGAAAAUUCAGGUUUACAUUUUUAUGCUUCCUAAUACUAUAUAUUUAAAAAUCAAUGUGUUUUUUUUUGUUCUAGUAUUUUGAAAAUAUUUUAAUGUAAAUCAAAAGAUAUUUAAUAACAAAAAUUAUAUACAUGGAAAUAUGAAGUGAGUGUGGAAAUUUCUAAAAAAAAAACAAAUUUGGCAUCCGGAAAUUUCUAAUUGAUAUAGGAAAUAAAAAUAUUAAAUUGCACUGAUUUUCUUAAAACCUUUCAAAAAUAGCUUUACAUUUUUUAUAUAUUAGUAUAGACUAAUUUGUUUUAGUAACAAUGUAAAGCUUACCAACAAUUCUUUUGAUUCUUUCAAAAUAGUAAAAUUAUCAUUCUGUAUAGAAUGAAAUCAUGUUUGGUUAGUAGUAUGAACUAAUAAAUAAGAGUUCAUAGAAAAUAAUUUCUCCAUACAAAAAAGAAAGACAAUGAAAUUAAACAAAAGGCCAUAAAAAACUGUAGAUAUUAUUCCUUAUUUUAAGAAAUCGUUUAAAAAAAGUUCUAUCCGAAAAGUAGCCUCCCUCACAACUAGACAAAAGAGAGAAAAGAGAGUAAAGAGAGAAAAGACUUUCUCCGGCGUACGGCCGGCGCGUGAGCGUCCGUGCCGUCGCCGGAGCCCUUCGCAUUCAGCAAGUUAGCUUCUCUCCGCCUUGUUUCCGAAGUGCCAUCAACGGUCGCCUUGUCGAAGCUCUGAUACCACAACUGACUUUGUCGGUGGUCGGCCUUGGAGUGAAGACGCGCCGUUUGGAGAGCCUCGGAGGAGACGGAGGUUUUGAUUGGUUCGGAUUGUGUUUCUCCGGGCGAUGGAGGCUCCUCUAGCUUCAUCGACGCCGUUCUGUCUGCGGGGGGUGGAGGCUAUCUCAGAUUCACCGACGCCGCUCUAGCUUCCGGGAAGGGAGGCUUCUUCAGCUUCUUCUUUGCCGGCUUAGGUAUAACGGGGUGAGGAGGCUCAGAAAGAUCCUCGCCGUCGUGUUGAAGCCCUAAUUUUGGGUUGUGGUUACUGGUUUCGUGUAGUUCGAGUCUGAGUUCGUGGGUCGUCGAGGUCGAGUUGCCUGGCGACGGCGACGAUUGUCAAGACGAGAGAGCGGUGGUUCGCGGCGCGCCUUUCUAGGGUUUCUGGUGAUUCAGAGUCGGAUGGAGAUCUCGUUUGAACGACGAUCUCUCCGGCGUGAAGACAGUGCGGCCGUGAAGUGAUUUGGUGACGCGGAGGCUCUGCAGUAUCGGAGAUCCGGUGAAAAGUGGGUGUCGGUGGCUGGUGUCGGCGGUUGUGCGGUGAGGCGGAGAUCAAGUCGAGGCGGACGACGCGUGGCGUGCAGACUCUCCAGAUGUUUACACGUGUCCAGCCUGUCUCCUUGGUGCGUCUCUAGGGCGAACCGUCUGAUUUCGUGGUUUGGGUCUGCUGGGCCGUUUUUCAUUUUGGGCCUCGGCCUUUGUUGUAAGUUGCCCCUCAUGCUAGUGGGCUUUUUGUUUGUGGGCUCCGGCCGUGGGCUUGGCCCGUUUAAUCAAUAAAAACAAUUUGGGAAAAAAAAAAAAAGUAGCCUCCCUCACGCACCUUCAAAGGGGACGACGACUAGAAGGUAGAAGGAGUCAAAGCAGAGAAAUAACUACCAAAUGGCAAAAGAAGUUUCUGUAGACUUUAUAAAUAUAAUAAUCAAACAUCUCUGAGAAUAAUUCUUGAAUCGUUUUCUAAAACGCGACAUUCUUUCUCCUCUCUCUAUCUCUGCGACUUUUCAGGAAAGAGAGAUUUUGGAAACCAGACGACGAGGCUGAAUACGAAGAAUCUCGAUGAUGAUGAUGAUGAUGAUUUUGUCCUCCUGCUAGCUUUGAUAAAUCCUCUGUUUUGUUCCUCUGUUUUGUUCCUCUGUUUUGUUCUAAUCCUCUGUUUUGGUCCUCUGUUUUUAUUUCAUCAUUCUUUGCUCGUAAGUCGUUACGAUCUCUCUUUCGUCUUUUUAUUUCGCAAAUUUCGAUAAAUCUCAUUGAUUUCACCAAACCCUUGUCUCCAAAUCUCAUUAUUUCAAUUUUCAUUUCCCAAAAAAAAAAAAGAUCUCUUUUUUAAAAAAAACUCUGUUUUAACGAUCAUCAUGGGCUGUGCGAGCUCGAAGCACCACCGCAAGAAAUGCAUCCAUUGCCGGAGAGGAUAUUCUCCGGUAGACAUUCAGCGAAGCAAAUCUGUUCGCCACCCAUCGCAACGCUCCGACGAUAGCCCCCACAUGGUCCCUCUCAGCUCCUCCAGCUUCGGAUCUCUCAAGCUCUGCGACUACUCUUUCGGACAAGACCACAAAGACUUGCUAGACUUCAGCGGGAAGCUUGUCGCCGACGGAACAGGAGAUGGGUUUGGUCCUAAGGAAGUCAGAGCGAGGCCCGACAAGGAGAGGUCGAGUUUGGAAAUGCAGGCUAAGCUCAUGGAAGCUAAAGUAUGGUCAAGUAUGAUGAGCGAGAAGAUCCCCAAGAUUGUGCCUAAGACUCCUAUCGUGACGCCUCCGGGAGAGCCGGAGACGAUCAAUACUUGGGAGAUGAUGGACGGGCUUGAAGAUGGUCUUCGUUCACCAAACCACGUUAGCAGCUUCUCCUUUGAAGUUGCUCGUGGUGGUGAUUGUGAACGUACCAAGUCGAAUUGUGAUCUAAAGCCAUUGUGGCUUCAGAUGGAGGAAGAAGGGCUCGACGAUUUUGAUCCUGAGAUCAUUUCUUCGUUCAGGAAGUCUCUCCAAGAACUCCCUUCUAAUCAUCCUUUCCACAUUUCGGUUAAUGAUUUGAAACUAAACCCACAGUUUGAGUUCUCUGAUGAAGAAGAAGAGGAGGAGGAAGCUGUUGGUAAAGACAAAGUGAUACUCUACUUCACAAGCCUUAGAGGUAUAAGGAAGACAUAUGAAGAAAGCUGUGAUGUUAGAGUUAUACUGAAAAGCCUUGGGAUUAGAGUGGAUGAGCGAGAUGUAUCGAUGCAUUCGGGUUUUAAAGAUGAGCUGAAGGAGCUGCUAGGUGAUAAAUUUAGCAAUGGUGUUGGGAUCACAUUGCCUAGAGUUUUCUUGGGGAGGAAGUAUCUUGGAGGAGCUGAGGAGAUUAGGAAGUUGAAUGAAGAUGGGAAGCUUGAGAAGCUUCUACGAGGAUGCGAGAGGGUGGAAGAAAACAGAGAUGGUAAUGGGCUAGAAUGUGAGGCUUGUGGAGAUGUAAGGUUUGUGCCUUGUGAGACAUGUUCAGGGAGUUGCAAAGUGUACUAUGAAGAUGAAGACGAUGAAGAAGAUGAUGAAGAUGAUGAAGAUGAGAGUGUAAAGGGAGGAAGAGAGUAUGGGUUUCAAACAUGUCCUGAUUGUAAUGAGAAUGGACUCAUUAGAUGUCCUCUUUGUUGUGUUUGAACAUACACAAAAAGGGAAAACAUUAGUCUUGUUUUUGUUUGUUUUACUACAUUGGAGUUUUGAGUCGCUUGUGGGUUUUCUUGCCUCUACAGAUUUUGUUGUACAUAAAGAGGUUUUUUAUUGUGAAAAAAGAAGAAAAGAGUUAUAUUUCAAGUGUAAAUUGUUGUUUAUUCUGUUGACCAAAAAAAAAUUUGUUGUUUAUUCUUUGAAAUUUCAUUCAUGCUUUACAUGUCGUUGGACUCAUAUAUUUGAAAAAGGUAGUGGGAGUAGAGGAAGAAAAGUCAGCUUACAAAAUAUGACCGGACAAAAAUAAGAAUCUUUCAAAAGUCAAGUUCUUGUGCUUUUUCUUUUGUCAAUAUGUCAAAACUCUUAUGCUAUGUUUGAAUAAUAGUCAUCAUUCAUAAAGCAUAGUUGAAAACAAAAAGUAGGUAUGUUUGUUUAAGGUAGAUUGUUAAGUUGUGAAGAUCCGAGGAUCAAGCAGAAGGCUGAUUUCAGUAGUCAGGUCCAAGAUGAAAAAUUUAAUCAUAUAACGGAAUUUUGAAUAUUUCAGACAUGAUUCGUUUAUCCUAGUAUUUUUGAUAACUCAAAGGUACAUGGAGACGAGCUCUGAGCAAGCAGAUUUCUACCGAGUCCGGCCUCAUGGAUUAGCCAAGGUCUCUUAGUGCGAGCUGGAGAUUAGUUUGACCACUGCGGUUUGCCAUUCGUCUUGCUAGUUCAGUUUUUUUUUUUUUUUGAACAAAUCUAGUUCAGUUUAAGCUUAGGUGCUCAAGUCUUUUCUUGUUUUUGGUGAGUGUGUUUUGCUUUCUUUAGCUUGUACUUUAAUUGGAACUAGAUUUUGACCCGCGCUUUUAAAGCGCGGGAUCGUUUCUUUUUACGUAUUUAUUAUUAUAAUCCAUUUUAGUUUCUACCAAAAAUUGAUAUCAUAUAAUUUUAUGAUU